AUGACUGGUAACAAGCAAAAGGAGCCGUUCUGGCUUGGAGGCGCAGCGGCCUCAAUGGCUGUUUGCUUUACUCACCCCCUCGACCAAACAAAAUAUCGCAUGCAAGUGUUGAAAUCGAGGGAGUCCAUGUUCCGGGCAAUGUGCCGCUUCGCCGCAAGAGAUGGAAUUUUCUCUCUGUGGUCCGGUCUUUCUGCAUCCAUUUUCCGACAAACGACAUACUCGACGGCUCGAUUCGGCCUCUAUAACUACUUUGCGCAACAAGCGAAACAAUACACGGGGAAGGAGAAGCUAUCAACAGCCAUGACGAUAACGUGCGCCGGGUUGGCCGGUGGUAUGGCUGGGCUUGUUGGCAAUCCGGCCGAGGUUGUACUUGUUAGGAUGUGCGCCGAUGGCGCGAAGACCGCCAGCGAAAGAUUCGGGUACUCGAAUGCCGCUGAGGGCCUCUACCGGAUCGGAAGGGAAGAGGGGAUCGAAACAUUUGGCAGAGGCAUCUCGGCCAACGUCGUACGCAGUGUUCUUAUGAACGUGGGACAAAUUGCCACAUACUCGACCGCGAAACGAUACCUAUUGGCAAAGACAGAAAUGAAGGAUGAUAUCAAAACCCACGCCGUGGCAUCCCUCUUUGCCGGAACUGCGGCGACGACCAUUUGCGCUCCGGCCGAUGUAUUGAAGAUCCUUGCUUCAUAUUGUACGGACUGGUCUCCGGGAGGAGGGCCCCAGGUUUCUCAUGAAGGGGUGGACACCGGCAUGGCUAAGACUGACGCCAAACACCGUGUUAACGUUCGUGUUCAUGGAGCAGCUAAGGAAGUUGACCCAAUGGCAACUUGCGGCCCCAGUGGAGACAAUGAAAGUGUGAUGAGUCUGAAUCUCAGGCGCGUGCUAGAUUUAGAAACCAAACUCCGUCAGAUUGGGCCAGCUCAGCCAGUCGAAGUUGUUCAUAUCGUCCCAGGACAAACCUGCGAACGAGGGGUCGAACUCGUUACCGGGCUGGUUGAGGACUUCGGCAAUCUGGUCGUCGGACAUGGUUGA